CCCGGCUGCAGCAGGGGGAGGAAGACGGGGAGGAGGAGCCGUGCGCCGCGGCGGCGGCCGCCAGGGAAGCCGAGCGCUGGGGCGCGGGGAGCGCGGGAGCCGAGCGGCCGCCCAAGCCGGAGCCGCGGGCCGAGCCGCCGAUUGGCCAACGGCUCCUUUCAACCCUGCCUCGUUGGUGGCCACUGGAGAAGCGCGGGGGGCUCCCCAGACAGCCGUGGGGACAAGUUAGAACCAGCACUUUACCCCGGGCCUCGCGUGUAGCUUCCCCUCCCCUGCUCUAGGUGCCUGGUGUCUGGAGGGGGUGUGGGGGUGUGCCCUUCUUACAUGGUCCACCACCCGGGCAACCCUCUGGGCUCGUGUUCCAUCUUGCUCUUGCUUCUGGCGCAGUGGUCAAGGGGAACCACUUUGCAUCAUGUCCCGGUAUAGCUACCAAAGUCUCCUGGACUGGCUGUAUGGGGGCGUGGACCCCAGUUUUGCAGGCAAUGGGGGCCCCGACUGUGCUGCCUUCCUCUCUUGGCAGCAGCGGCUGCUGGAAAGUGUGGUGGUCCUGACCCUGGCCCUGUUGGAGAUCCUGGUGGCCCUGCGGCACAUCCUGAGGCAGACGAAGGAGGACGGUAGGGGUGGCCGUGGCAGCCAGCCAGAGCAGGUGACCCAGCGGCCAGAGGAAGGCAAGGAGAGCCUGAGCAAGAAUCUGCUCUUAGUAGCCCUGUGCCUGACCUUCGGGGUGGAGGUGGGCUUUAAGUUCGCCACCAAGACCGUCAUCUACCUGCUCAACCCCUGUCACCUGGUCACCAUGAUGCAUAUCUUUCUCUUGGCCUGCCCUCCAUGUCGUGGAGCCAUCGUCAUCUUCAAGCUACAGAUGCACAUGCUGAAUGGGGCUCUUCUGGCAUUGCUGUUUCCUGUGGUAAAUACUCGGCUGCUCCCCUUUGAAUUGGAGAUCUACUACAUUCAGCAUGUUAUGCUCUACGUGGUGCCCAUCUACCUGCUUUGGAAAGGAGGUGCUUAUACCCCAGAGCCCCUCAGCAGUUUCCGGUGGGCUCUUCUCUCAACUGGACUCAUGUUCUUUUAUCACUUCAGCGUCUUGCAGAUCCUCGGCCUGGUCACCGAAGUGAAUUUGAACAACAUGCUGUGUCCGGCCAUCUCAGACCCAUUCUACGGCCCCUGGUAUCGCAUCUGGGCCUCGGGACACCAGACUAUCAUGACCAUGACCCACGGGAAGCUGGUCAUCCUGUUCUCAUACAUGGCUGGGCCCUUGUGUAAAUAUCUGCUGGAUUUGCUCCGGCUUCCAGCCAAGAAAAUAGACUGAAGGUGCUUGUUUUUUGGGGUUUUUUUUUUUUUUCUCCCUGAGGAAGCAAGUCCCGACUUGACUUGGAGAACACCCAGUUCUUGAUGAAAUCAUGGGAGAGGGCAGUAGGAUGUUUGGUGUAUUUCUUUUUCCUUCUCUCUGUCCCUUUCUUCCACCAUUCUUCCUUCCCCAGCUCUUCCCUUCAGGAAGCCUCCGUGAACCUGGGGUAUAGUGCUGGGACCUGGAUUUUCCCUCCUUCCCGUUGGCUCUUUCUCUCUGCUCCUAGUGGCCUUACAUGGGGAGAUCGGAGUCAGUGGCUCUUCCGCUCUGCUUGUUGGUGCUUUAACAACAGCUGGUUGAGGAGAAAGGGAACAACAAGCACUAGUUCUUUGGGCAUCAAAGCAGCAAGAUGGGGCUGUGUUUCAUCUCUCCACUGCCAGGGACCUCCAGGCUUAUACUGGGCUCCCCUUUGGUCUCCAGCACAGGCCCCACUGUCAGGGGGCUGAGGCUUUCUUUUCUAUACCAGCGGCAAACCCAGAGCCAAGGGAUUUCCCAGCUCCUGGUCAAAAUAGAGCCAGCCAGAUCCUUCCCACUGGUGUCCCAUGACUCAAAGCAAGCAGCCAGCCAGCCACUCCCUACAAGGGUGCUGCCUUGGGUGGGAGGUAGGAGUGUCAGUCCACCCAAUGGCCAGAUUUCAUUGAGGGGUUUGGAGGUCUAUUGCAGUGACAAAUCCAAAGCGAAGAGGGUCAACAUGCAACAUAGCACUAGGCAGCACCCUGUGGAAAAUCUGCCUGCAAGAGCUGGGGACUGACCUACAUCACAUCCUAAUCAGAAAUGAGCACAGAAAUUAAUCAACAUAAGUGGUAACUUGAGAAAACUGUGAUUUGAACCAUACACUCCAUUUGAGUUCAAUGUUGGUAGGAGAUACCAUUUUAAUCUCGAGUGCCCCUUAAAUGUAUUCUCUUGUGUUCUUUCUCUUGCUCGUGCGCGCUUUAUCUCUCUCUCUAAGGCAGCUUUAGGGAAGAAUGAGCUGGAGCUGGGUGGCUGGUCUUGGGGAUGUUUGUGUGUGGAGAGCCCUUGCGUCAGGGCCUGUUGGUGGAAGGGCUUCUGUAGAUCCGUGUGUUGAUCUUACAGGGGAUGUCAGCGGCAGUGUUGUUUCCUGAGUGCCCGAAUGCUUCAGUGGAGGCAGACUCAGUGCUGAAUUGUUUCAUGUGGGGAGCAUCACAUGUUUUCCACCCUGUACACCUCCCUCCAAAAGCCCAGGUCUAGGUCAAAAGGGGGCUGCCAAGGAACCAGAUCCCUGCAGGUGGAAGUUCAAGUGCUUUGAAAGGAGGAACUAUUGUCGAAGGACUUUAGUUCAGUCAGGGGCCUCAAAAUCGGGAGGCAGAGAGUGGGCAUUGGCUGACUCCUUGUUGACUCUUAGUAUUAGGGCCAUAUCUGCCUAAGAACAGAAGAGAUCAUUCAGUGACCACCGAUGAGCCUCCCCUUCCCCACCCUAGGUGACUCAGUUGCCCUAGGCCAGUCCCAGUAUUUUAAGUUUGACUGUAUUAGACCUACAUUGAGCUUUAGUGACUCAGUGGUCAUGAUUUUAGCAAAUGGACCUGCAGGAAGCAGCAGAAAGCAGAGAGUCUCUCUGGAGUGAUCUGAGACCCAGGGAAGCAGCCUUGGGAGCGACUGCGCUGUGGCAGAGACCCGCUGGCACUCAGAUGAUCAGUCCCCAGGGCAUGUGGCAGGUGGCGCCAGUGGGGAGAACAUUGCGUGCUCUUGCUCCCCAGGAGCUCCUUGUGACGGGUCAUCUUUGUUUUCUUCCCUCUUCGAGAGAUGGGCCAAGCUUUUCUUAGUGCUUCUUACCCUACAGUUGUCCCCCAAAGAGGCAUCUCUUUAGUGGCUGGGUAGAGCCCGGCUGCCAUCACACCACCGUGUAUAGGAAUGGCAAGUGAGGGAAUGUACAAGGCCUCACUGCCCCUUGGCCUCUUUACAAAAGGACAGGUUGGACAGAGAUCGUGGGAGGAGCCCCUGGGGGCCUGUCCUGUCCCCUAUUAGAACAUGGAGUUGCCGGAGGCUCAUAAUCAGCACCUGAGCUGGGGAUCAGCUCUGGAAUGCCACGGUGAUAUGACAGUGUAGGCCCUCUCCUCCUCCCCGUCUCUGUGGCAUGGCACAGCUUGAGAGGCCACGCAAUCUCUCCCCACACUGGGAUGCCUCCCAGAGCUCACCUUUGCCCUGGCUAUAGCACAGCACCCCAUUCUGGUGGGCACUUUCGGGUGCUCAAAAGUAGAGAAAUAAAGUGAAAGCCACAUGCCUGGCACGAGCAGAUGAGAGACAGAGAUACCUGUCGGGGGUGUGGCAGAGUGAAAGCGAAGUACAGGGGUUCUGGGGACCAGGUUGGCUCCGAAACAUGUAGGUUGAAGUAACAGAGAGUGGGCCCAGUCCACAGGCUCUGUGGGCAGGUGUGUCCUGUACUAGGGGAGCAGCAGACAUCUGAACUGGUCUUUGUCUUGCUCUUACCUUUGGCUAAGCCCAUGUGGAUAGAGGUAACCUGGGCAGACCCCUGGCAGGCUGCCUUAGCAGGUAGCCCCACACCUGCCCAGAAGCCCACCUCCUACUGCCCCAGCUUUGGGACAGGAGUGAGGGAGAAACUACAGUUUGCACACCCAAAGACCAUUGACACCCAGACUUCCCAGCUCCUCCCUAAAGCUUUCCCAUGAGUGCCAAGGCAGUUCCUCAAAUACCCUGGCCAAGUUUCCAUAUGCCAUUUGCCAGUGUGUGGGAGCUCUGCCUGUGUGAGAGUGUGUUUGGAGUAGAGGACGGUUUCCUUUCAAACAGCCCUAGGAAGGGAAAAGAGCAUUCCCUCAAGCCCCUUAGGUAGGCUUGGCCGAGUAUCUGGGCUGCUGAGAACAUUCUGCAGAGCUUGUCAGCUCACAGCUUCCACUCUGAACAGCAGAGAGAUGGUCACACCUGCCUGCAGCCCUCCCCACCCUGAGUGUACACCAAAGACAAUCUGGCGCGUCUUCCUCCUGGAGGCACAGUGACAUGUUCCUCUGUUAGCUGCAAGCGCACGUGGGGUUCCAAAGCCACAGACUCAGUCUCCCCAAGUCAGCAGCCUCUCUUUCUCCUUGGACUUCAUUGCAUUCACAGAAACUACUCACAGGGUCACUGGCCUAACCGGGACAAUCGGUGCACUUUGUCAUACAGUACCUCAGUCUAGCAGUUGGGUCAUCCCGCAUCCAUUUUGCUACAGCCUCCAUCAGGACUUCAAUAUUUGUGAUCAUUGGUAUUUCAGAGUCUUGGGAAAUGGAUGCAGCUCCCCAUAGAAAGCAAUUUUCAGUCAGCAGGUCUCCGGGCACUGGUGUGAGGUAGGGAGGGGCAGUGUUCUGGGGAUGAGCUGAUGCCCCAGAGGAUGGCGGAGGGCCCUUUCUCCUCCUCCCUCUGCCAAAAAGAUUUCCCAGGGUUUGUAGACAUUGACCCAGAAUCAUCUGGUUUCUGCUGAAGAGGAGGUGGGGGAUGAGGAAUAAAGGAUUGUGUGUGCUGCUGUUGGAAAAGACACUGAUGCUGGUUGAGGUCAGUCCAGAGCAGGUAUACAGAGGUUUCCAGAAGGCCCUCGUGGGCUCCAUGGCAAGACCCUGGGCUGGGAAGGGGCUACCCUCACUGCCCAACCUGCCCUCACCCUGGGUAGAGUCAGCGAGAGGGAGGGAGCCUUCCCCUUGUGUAUAUAGAGUGAGCCCAUUCGUGCUCAGGAAAACCUAGUAGCUUGUUGUUGCUCUUGUCUGUGACUUUUUUUGUACACUGGUUUGCUGCUCAUGGCAAAAAACAGGACAGAACCCCAUGAAAACCCAACAAAACAAGUCUUUUCAAACAAAGCUGUUGUUUUGGAAACUCUUGCUUUCUUUUGGUGUCAAUUUUGUGUUCUGUUUGAAAGAAUUCUUCAGUUACAUUGUACUAAUGAUAGGCUGACCUGUAAUUAUUUCUUCCAGAAACUUGGCAAAUGCCUCUGCCCCUCCCUCUUACCCUGCCCGCACCCCGUCCUUUCUUGCUUCCAAGCUGGGAUUGCUGUGUACUGUGUAGACCCCACUCUGCCCCCCACUCCGCCCCCCACCACACACACACAGGGGCUCCCUUUCAGAACCAGUCUUUGUAAUUCCCCGAAACAGCAGCAGGGUGAGUCUUUUUUUCUGGCUGGUUCUUGGGCGCUCUGUACCCCCACCAGUUUGCUCACCUCUUGGGGUGUUUUGUAAUGUGUUUUCUCCAUUUUGUAAAACCUUUUGAUUGUACUGAAAUGAUUUCUGCAAUCACCUUUGGAAAUAAAUGGUCAUUAAUUUGUGUACUUAGCUGUCUGAAUUUUAGUCUCAGGUGUUUCUGUUGUUGCAAAUCCCUAAAUGAAAAGGAACCCUCACCACAGGACUUCACCGUUACAAUGUUUUCUUCAUUUACUGUGAUUAAAAGAUUUAUGA